AUGCAUUUUAAUGAUUUUUCAGAUGGAGGUAAAAGUCCUAGGGAAGUUAAGCCAUGGAAAUUUAGUGAAGCUUUUAGGGUAUUGUUGUGAAAACAAACAAUUUCUGCUUGUUUAUGAAUACAUGCAGAAAGGAAGCUUGGAAAGUCAUCUUUUUAGGAAAGGAGCAGAUCCACUUUCAUGGGAAACAAGAAUUAGCAUAGCCAUUGGAGCAGCUCAAGGCUUAGCUUUCUUGCAUAACACCACAAAAAGUGUCAUUUAUCGCGACUUUAAGGCUUCCAAUAUCUUGCUUGACUCGAAUUUUCAAGCAAAACUUUCUGAUUUCGGACUUGCAAAGGAAGGCCCAGUUAACGGGGAUACACACGUUACCACUCGUAUUAUCGGCACACAUGGGUAUGCUGCACCCGAGUAUGUCGCCACAGGCCACUUAUACAUAAAUAGCGACGUUUACGCGUUUGGAGUUGUUCUAUUAGAACUCCUAACGGGGGAACGAGUACUCGAUAUGAAUCGGCCCGCUGGACAGAACAAUCUUGUGGAAUGGGCCAAGCCCAUUUUACAAGAUAAAAGAAAGUUGAUCAGAAUAGUAGACAAACGUUUGGAGAAUCAUUAUCCUGGAAAAGCAGCAAUCCAAACAGCUGAGCUGAUAUCCAAAUGUUUGGAAAGUGAUCCAAGGAAUAGACCAUCCAUGGAUGAAGUUCUACAUGAGCUCCAACAAAUUAUUGCAAUCAAAAUGAAACCUAAAGAGUCUAAGGCCAGUUCUAAGAACCAAAACAAUGGGCACGAUCCUUACAAUCGAUCCCCACUCCGACACCAACAUGCUGGCCCGUCGAACCGGCCAGCUGGUUAUAGGUCGCCUUUACCCAUGUCAAAGCCUAAUUAUUGACAUGCUGAUUAAUUUUGUUGACAUGUAGAAAUGAUUAUAUUUUUGGGUUGUAGAGCAGUUAAUGUUCUCAAGAUUAAAUUUUUUUGGU